CUGGAAUCACGUUCGGUAUUGCCACCCGCCCCUUCUUCCGAACCAAGAACCCGAACCUACGGCAGCAGGCUCGGGGGGGACUAUUCGCCUGCAGACAACUCCUCCUACAGUGCGAGCAUCAGGGAAAAUAUCACCUUCGCUAGAGGUACAGACUCUGCUCGCGGUGACGUGGCGCCUGCAGAGCGCUUCACCCAGCCAACCCGUGCAGACGUGGCACCUCCGUCCAGCACGGGUGGAUCAUACGUGACAUCCAGCAACCAGGGGAACGGCAAUGGCGGCGCGGCUCUUGGCGGAAAAGCCAACCAAUCCAACAGCACCGCCAGUUUAGGAGGCGGUGGUGGUAAUGGAAUCGGCAGAAGUCCGUCCGGUACUUAUUUCUCCGCUACUGCUCUCUCGAACCGCUCGCAGGGCAACGGCAGCCCUCGCAACUCUAGCGAGAAUGAGAAGCUGUACGAGGCUUAUAACGAGUUGCACCGCUUAGCGCAGCACUUCCAGAAGCCGUUCGAUGCGCCAGCUGUGCUGAUCGUGGGGCAUCAAACGGACGGGAAGAGUGCGCUGGUGGAAGCGCUGAUGGGAUUCCAGUUUAACCACGUGGGCGGGGGGACGAAGACGCGCCGUCCGAUCACGCUUCAGAUGAAGUAUAAUCCGGCGUGCGAGGAGCCGCGGUGCUACUUAGUGCUGGAUAAGGAUCAUACGAGCGAACAGGAGAAGACGUUGCAGCAACUACAGGCUUAUAUCGAGUCCGAGAACCAGCGGCUGGAAAAGGACAUGGGGCGAUUCUCGGACCGAGAGGUGGUGGUGCGCGUGGAGUACAAGUACUGCCCCAACCUCACCAUCAUCGAUACUCCUGGACUGAUUUCUGCUGCUCCCUCGGUCACACACACAGCCUUACAGGAGCAAGCCCGGAUAGUUGAGGCGCUAGUCCUAGCGAAGAUGAAGCAGCAGGAGUUUGUGAUCCUGUGCCUCGAGGACAGCAGUGACUGGAGCAACGCGACGACGCGGAGGAUCGUCAUGAAGGUCGACCCAGACCUCUCCCGGACCAUCCUCGUGUCCACCAAGCUCGACACGCGCAUCCCGCAGUUCUCCCGGGCAGCUGACGUGGAAAUGUUUCUCAACCCGCCGCUGCCGGAUAUUUCGGCGUCGCGGCUCGCCACGCGGCCGUUUUUCACGUCGGUGCCGUCGGGGCGCGUGGGGUCCGGAUCGGACGCGGUUUUUAUGACAGAUGAUGACUUCAGAGACGCUGUUGCUCGGAGAGAGAUGAGCGACCUUGCAGCGCUAGAGGACAAAAUGGGCCGCCCGCUCUCCGACGACGAGCGAGCAAGGGUGGGGGUUAGCCGGCUUCGACUCUUCUUGGAGCAGAUGCUGCAGCAACGGUAUCUCGAGAGUGUACCCUAUAUAGUGCCGCUGCUCGAUAAGGAAUACAAGUCCGUCUCGACCAAGCUCUCUGCCACCUCUGCGGAGCUACAGAACCUGAGCGACGGCGAGUUGAGAGAGAAGAGCCGGAACUUCCGAGACAAUUUCGUCCGGAAGCUCACAGUUCUGCUCCGUGGCUCCAUUGCUGCUCCACCGGACAAAUUCGGCGAGACUCUGCAGGAAGAGCGGGCGCGUGGGGGGAUCUUCGUUGGGUCAGACGGCCAGCAGUUUCCCCAGAGGCACAUGCCGAACGCCAGCAUGCGGCUCUUUGGAGGGGCGCAGUACCACCGGGCAAUGGCGGAGUUCCGGUUCGUGGUGGGUGCAGUGCGGUGCCCUGCGAUAUCAAGGGAGGAGAUAGUGAAUGCGUGCGGUGUGGAGGACGUGCACGAUGGCACCAACUACUUCAGGACGGCAUGUGUGAUUGCUGUUGCCAAGGCUUGGGACGUAUUCGAGCCAUUCCUUCGACAGCUCGGGUUCCGUUUAUCACACAUUGUGGGACGACUGCUGCCCAUCGUGCUCUUCCUACUCAAGAGGGACAACGAGCCCAUGCUGGUGCAUGAAACGUUCAUAGAGCGAGUGCAGGAGUCGUACCACAAGUUUGUGGACGCUACUGAGCGCUCCUGCAUCGACAGGUGCAUGGAGGAUCUCACCAGCACCACCCGCUUCGUCACAUGGUCUCUGCAUAACAGGUCUCGCUCUGCCCUGCGUUCAUUCUUCGACUCAGCCAUGCCCAACCAGGACUCCUCCCUCCUCGCUGCUGUCGGCGCCUUCGAAGCAUCCACGCCAAUGCCAGUCCCAGUUGCCACAAGCAGACAAAACUCGCCGCCCUUUGGCCCGACCGACUACCAGUCAAGCCCAAGCGAUGACGGCCGGGGGGACAGAGGGGCAGUGGGCGGACCCGGCCGAUCCAGUGCUACUGGUACCACCGCUAGUGCUACUGCUGGUGGCGGUGCUGGCAGUGGUGCUACUGCCGGUGCUGCUGCUGCUGGUUCAGCAGCAGGUGGCAGUGGCACAGGAGGGAGGCUAGCGGAUCUCCUCGAAUCCACCCUCUGGACACGCCGCCUCGCCCCUUCCUCCGAAGACAUAGUAAACGCUCUAGUCAUGCAGAUAUUCGAGGGGAUCCGGGACCACUUUGUGAUGUCUGCUGAGCUCAAGUUCAACUGCUUCUUUCUGAUGCCUCUCAUGGACCGGUUUCCGGCGAGGUUGAGGGAGGACCUGGAGGCGGUGGCGGGGGGUGGAUUGGACGCGGUGUUUGAUAUCUCGAGAGUGCGCGGGCAGCUGGAGAGGAGCCGCGGGGAGCUGGAUGAAGAGCUUAGGCGGAGUGCGUGGGUAGCUGGAGAGGAGCCGUGGGCGCUCGAUGAAGAGCUGAGGCGGGUGAGUGAGGGAGUGGGGGGAGCGGAGUGUGGGUGGGUAGGGAAUGUUUGCCUGGAUACUGGUGUGGAUGUGGAUUCUUGUUGUUUCUUAGGCAGGCUGUACUCGCCUCGGGAGUGGGAGGAGCUGGAGAUGACCUCAUCCCUGACUGAUUCAUUAGGAUUGCCGUGUGCUUGCUUGUCCCUCCUCCCUGCACCCCCUGUUGCCAGUCUGGGGGCUCGCCUCUUUGAGAUCGCCACUCAUGUGUGUCCCAUCUGUCUCUCCAUCUUGGCCGUGUUCGACAAGGGUUCACCAGAUGAAAUUGACCGUAUGUGCUUUCAAGUCAUGGACGUUCUCAAGUCAGGAAAGAUCGACAGGAGGGAGGUAGAGGAGGUCAUCCGCAGUGCUCUCACCACUGUCUUCGGUCCCCAGCACACUCUCCCGCCUGCCCUCAUCCAAGCCUUCGUCUCCUCUGCCUUCCCAUCCAGUCCCACCUCUAGUACCCGGGCUUCUCUCAGUCACUCCUCCCGUGAUUCCUCCUCACCCACUUCUACCGCUCUCCACCCAUCUUCUGGUCAGUCUUCCACUGCUGCUGCUUCUCUUCAUGCUUCUGCAGCUUCAGCAGCACCAUUGGAUCGAGCAGGAGGAGGGCAGGAGCAGCCAGAGGGGAAAGAAGUAGGGAGGCCAGAGCAAGAAGGGGAGAGUGUAGGUAGGGAUGGUAGUGCUGGUGCCAGUUUUGCUGCUGAUCCCAGCGUUGAUGAUGAUACCAGAGCUGAUGACGAUGGUGGCAGUGUUGCUGCUGAUGAUGGAAGGGAGCUUUCCUACCAGGAUGCUGUUCGAUGGUGGACCGCGGUCCCUGCUGUCAAGAAGUUUCUCCGAAGUCUCCUUACCCCUCCAGAUCUCCGUCCGCCGCUACCCACUCUUGUUGCGCCAGCUGUCACCGCCAGCGGCCGCCAGAUCAUCUCAGAAGCAGGGGUGCAGCGGCGGGAUAGUAGGGAGGAAACGUGGCUGCUUCAGAAGGAGCUGACGUGGCACAUAGCCGGUGCACUACAGGACAAAGAGUGUCGGGAGUGGUGUUUGCUGUACAGCAGCAAACUGCAUGGCCUAAGCUUCAACUCGUUUCUGGGGAAGGUGUCAUCGGUACCACACCCAACCGUUCUCGUGGUCCGUGACUCAGCUGGAGCCAUCUUUGGGGCCUUUGCUUCCAAGCCGUGGGAGCGAGGCAGCGCUUUCUUUGGUGACAUGCGCUCCUUCCUCUUCUCCUUCCUCCCCGCCGCUGCUGUUUUCAAAGCAGCCGGCACCAGCACCAACAUACAGUGGGUACGUGGUUCUGUCAGACGUUAUUCCCGCUGUUUGGCUGAUAUACCUACCUCUCCCUCACCUUCCUACCAACCACAGUGUGCAUCAGGAUUCGCGUCCGAAUCCAUUCCCAAUGGCAUUGGUCUGGGCGGCCAACCGGGUCAUUUCGGCCUUUUCCUCUCGGCGGAUUUCGACUCUGGUCACUCUCGCCCCAGCACCACAUUCAACUCCCCUUCACUCUCUUCAUCACCAAACUUUAGCAUAGAUGCAGUGGAGUGCUGGGCUGUUAUCAGUGCUUCUCUUUCUGAUAGGAUUUCUGCUGGUGAUGGGGGAAUAGGAGCCAUUGGAUCGUCAGGGUCUAGAGUGGGAAGUGGGAGAUCGGACCAUGCUGGUAGUGGGAGAGGGACAGUGUUGGAUAGGUUUGGCAAGGAGCGUGCGAUGUUGGGCAUGAUGGGGAUAGCGACAGCUAGUGAGAACAUUGGGAGAGAUACAACAGACUGUGAGAGGUGA